AUGGAUCUCAAGCUCUUUAGCUCAGUUCUGCUAAGUACUGUACUACAGUUUACUGUAGCGCAGGAGCUUCCGCCAGCCAACGGCAUCGUUGGAGGCAUCGGUGCUUCGGUCGAGACCUACACGUACGCUGUAGCAAUACGAGCCCAACUCAACAAGAAAUGGACUACCACCUGCGGAGGCUCGAUCAUCGCUCCGGAAUGGAUCCUCACGGCAGGGCACUGUUUAUCGAAGAUCGAUAAGAAGCGGGAGGCACUUCCAACAAACCUCUUCCGCGUCUUCGCAGGUGCCAACCAUAUGACUGAUGGUGGCUCACCUGAUCCCGGAGUUCAAAUAAUCGAAGCCAAAAAGUUCCACCUCCAUCCUUUGUACGCUCGCUCAAAGCCGGGGACUGACGAGUUUUCCUAUAACGACAUUGGCUUGAUUCAGCUCCGAAAAGCUAUCAACAUCACCAGCCGUACGAUGGCGAUCCAAAUUCCCGAAAGUUUUGACUGCGAGAAGCUUGAUUUGCCGCUGGAAUUGGUUGGAUGGGGGAGAUUAGGCGCAAACGCGCCCUACAGCACUGAUUUGCGGAUGAUGACCACGCAGGUGGUACCUUGUGGGAAAAUCGACCCAAACGGGAACCAGCUACCGAACUCCAUCUGCUACAAGGGGACGAGCUCGAAGGCGCCGUGCUCGGGAGAUUCCGGCGGAGCCAUAGUCCAACGCGGCAGCAGGUGGCUACAGCUUGGUGUUCAUACAAAUGGAGUAGCAAUUCAAGUCGACAGCAUCCAUUUACACCCGCACUUCUAUCUCCACGUCGGGACGGCUCAAGUGGAAAAUGAUAUCGCGUUGGUUAAGCUAUCCCACCCGCUGACGUACGGCGAUCGUCGUCAGGCAGUUCAGAUCCCGGAAAAAAAAUGGACCCACGUCGCGAUGGGCUCGAUCAUUGGCACAGAAUGGAUCCUGACCUGCGGUCAUUGCGUUGCGGAUAUGAAUAAGACAAAGGAGCCACUACCCGCCCAUGAAAUUUUCAUCUUUGCCGGGGGAACGCAUAUGACGGACGGUGGAUCGCCGGACCCGGAUGUCGAAAUAAUCCAAGCAGCCAACAUCCACUUACACCCGAAUUUCUACCAUCAUGUUCAUACGCCGGAUUCGGACAAUGACAUUGCGCUGAUUAAGCUUAACAAGCCGCUCAGUUUUGGGCCGCGCCGGGUCUCGAUCAGCAUCCCGAGAAGCUUCAACUUUGCAGCGAUCAAACCAAAGUUCGAGAUUGCCGGCUGGGGCAGGCUGGGACUAAAUAUGCCCAACAGUGUCGAUCUGCAGAUGUACAAGGCCCAAUGGCGCCCCGCAGCAGAGUGCCCAGACCCUCACCCCGGUGAAAUUUGCUACACGGGCCUGAAGACAGUUUCCCACAAGAAGCUCGUUGGCGGCACCGUGACGUCGAUCGAAACUUAUCCCCAUGCCGUCGCCUUGCGUGAAAUAUAUAACGGUUCUUGGGUCCACAUUUGUGGUGGUUCGAUCAUUGCUCCAGAAUGGGUGCUCACGGCCGGACAUUGUGUCUACGAUGUGGUUAGGCGACAGAAAAAAAGUCCGCUUGGAAUCUUCGUCUUCGCCGGCGCACAGCACAUGGCAAAGGGCGUCGUUGAUCCCUCGACCGUGGUCAUCGAACUGGCCAGCAUCCAUCCACAUCCACAAAUCUACGAACCUCUCGGAGAAAAUGACAUCGCGUUGGUCAGGCUUACCAGCCCUAUCAAAUACAUCAAGCAACGUCAGCCGAUCACAAUCCCGAGCAACUUUGAUUGGCGCUACGUGACGAAGCCGCUGGUGAUUACUGGAUGGGGCAGGAUUGGCAAAAACAAACCGUUCAGCGUGGAUCUGUUGUUGUACAAAGCAGACUUGGUUCCGUGGAAGAACUGCGAACCCAACCAUGUGAUGCCCAAACGCGCCAUUUGCUAUAAGGGACCAAGAAACGUUGGGCCCUGCGGUGGCGAUUCGGGGGAUCCGGUCGCAAUCCAGACCAAGGCAGGCCUGGUGCAACUUGGCGUUCAUGGGGGUGGAGAAUUCAAUUGUGACUAUUCCGCGAAACGAACAGCAUACGGUAGCAACGCGACUGCCUACUGUGACUGGUACCAUAAAACAACAGGCGUGGCGGGGGCCAGCAUUGAAAAAUAUGCGUAUUCGGUGGCACUCAAACGCAAAAAUGGACGCUACUGGGAACACAACGGGAUGGGCUCGAUAAUAAAUGAAUAUUGGAUUCUGACGGCCGGACAUACUGUAUCAAGUGAGAACGCGACCCGAGAAGCGCUCUCCCCAGGUUUAUUCUGGGUAUUCGCCGGCGCCGAACACUUGACACCUAUUGGAACACCGGAUCCCGAUGUGGCAAUAAUCCAAGUGGCCAGCAUCCACCUCCAUCCCGACUUCUACCGCCAUCCAGAUGGCAGGGGCUGCGAAAAUGACAUCGCUUUGCUGAAGCUUACCAAUUCCCUUAACUUCACGACGCGCCGCCUCCAGAUUCACGUUGCCGGCUGGGGACGACUUGGUAGAAAUAAGCCCCCGAGCCAGGAUCUGCGCAUGUAUUAUGCGAUUGGGCGUCCAAUUCAAACAUGUAUCCCUACUUACCCGCUGACCAGCCCGGCCAUUUGCAUUUCCGGGAAGAGAAACGUCGGGCCUUGCGAGGGCGAUUCCGGCGCGGCAGCAGCUACACAAUACCACGGCCGGUGGUUGCAACUGGGUGUGUAUACAAGAGGACGGUUCGACUGUGACUAUUCGGUCCAUACAACUGCCUUCGGCGUCGACGCCACCCAAAACUGUGCCUUCUACGAGCAGACGAUUGGCCGCCCGGUGUGCGUCUCGCUCAACUGGAAACAUGCAUGCAUGGGCUCGAUAAUGAACAAAGAAUGGAUCUUGACGGCCGGCCAUUGCGUGUCUAAUAAAUAUGCUCCUCGUGAAGCGCUCUCCCCAAAGACUUUCUGGAUUUUUGCCGGCGCUGAUCACAUGACAUCUGAUGGAUCACCGGAUGACGAUGUGGCAAUAAUCCGAUUGGCGAGCAUCCAUCUACACCCGGAUUUCUAUCGCGACGUUGCAACCAAAACAUUGGAUAACGAUAUCGCGUUAUUAAAGCUCAGCACUAAACUCAGCUACUCGACGCGCAGGCUUCCGAUUCAAAUCCCGGCCAAUUUCCCUGCCUGGCGAAACAAGAAUUUGACGCUCGAGAUUACCGGCUGGGGAAAACUGGCAAUAGAUCAGCCGCCGAGCGUCGAUCUGCGCAUGUACAAGGCCAGAUUGCGCAAAAUUCGAACCUACAACCCUGAAGAUACUUGGACCAUUGGCUAUUCGGGUCCGCAAGACGUCGGCCCAUGUCGGGGAGAUUCCGGCUCGGCAGUGGCUACACAAUACCACGCUAUACGACGCAGUACCGGGCACUACUGGAAACAUGUGUGUAUGGGCUCGAUAAUGAACGAAGACUGGAUCCUGACGGCCGCACAUUGCGUGUCGAAUCCAAAUAGGACCCGAAAAGCUCUGCCCGCAAGAAGGUUCUGGAUUUUCGCCGGCGCCGAUCUCAUGACACCUUAUGGAUCGCCGGAUGACGAUGUGGCAAUAAUCCAAGUGGCCAGCAUUCACCUGCAUCCCGGCUUCUACCGCGAACCAAAGGGCCAGGGCAGCGUUAACGAUAUCGCAUUGCUGAAGCUCAGCAGGUCGCUUGAAUUCACGAUGCGCCGGCAAAAGAUUCGCAUCCCCGACCACUUCCCCGGCUGGGGCCACCCCGGUCUAACCCUCGAUAUUGCCGGCUGGGGAAAACUAGCCCAUGAUAAGCUUGUCAGCGAGGAUCUGCGCAUGUACCAGGCCAAGGACCUACCAUUUCGCGCUUGUUUCUUUAACUUGGCAAAGAAUGUCACGGGCAUUUGCUAUGAGGGGCCGACAAACGUUGGCCCAUGUCUGGGCGAUUCCGGCGCGGCCGUCGCCACUCGAUGGAACGCGCAGUGGGUGCAAGUGGGUGUGCAUAUUAUCGGAAGGCCCAAUUGUGAUUAUUCGCUCUGGUCGCAUGCCAUUGGUAUGGACGCCAGCCAGAACUGCGGCUUUAUCGAAGAUACGAUUGGCGAACCGAUGUGCAUCUCACUAGGAAAGAAG